GCAUAUUUAUCGAUACUGAUAGUGAUACUAAUCAUAUCUAAUCUGGAUUUGUAUUUGUAUAAAUCGAAUCUCGUUACGAAAAGUGAGGUGUUUGAUGUGAAAGGGGCGAUAAGCGGAUAGAUCAGAGAUGUCGGAGUUUACCGGGGACGGAGUUGUGACGGGGGCGCCGGACUGGAGUUCCGGCGACGGUGGUGGCAAUGCGCGACCGCCGCAAGCGGACUCUGGUGCAUCAGUGGCUCCGAAUCCGUUGACUGCCUCGGCUUCGUUUAAGGAAGGGAAGGCGUCACGGCGGAGGACGUCGGCGAGGCGGAGUCUUGACGCGGAUGACUUCAUAAACAUGCUACAUGGCUCGGAUCCGGUGAAGGUGGAGCUCAACCGGCUUGAGAAUGAGCUCAGAGAUAAGGAGCGCGAAUUGUUCGAGUCUCAAGCGGAGAUAAAGGCUUUGAGGCUCUCUGAGCGCUUAAGGGAAAAAGCUGUGGAAGAGCUCACUGAUGAAUUAGCAAAGGUGAAUGAAAAGCUCAAACUGACAGAGUCUCUUCUUGAAAGCAAGAAUCUUGAAAUUAAGAAAAUCAAUGAUGAGAAGAGAGCCUCCAUGGCUGCUCAGUUUGCUGCAGAAGCCACACUUCGGAGGGUUCAUGCUGCUCAAAAAGAUGAUGAUAUGCCUCCAAUUGAAGCAAUUCUUGCGCCUUUGGAGGCUGAACUUAAGUUAGCUCGACAAGAGAUUGCAAAGCUUCAAGAUGAUAACAAGGCAUUAGACCGUCUUACCAAAUCGAAGGAGGCUGCUUUACUCGAAGCUGAGAGAACAGUGCAGUCGGCAUUAGCGAAAGCCUCAAUGGUUGAUGAUCUCCAAAACAAGAAUCAAGAGCUUAUGAAACAAAUAGAGAUUUGCCAGGAAGAGAACAAAAUAUUGGAUAAAAUGCAUCGGCAAAAGGUUGCAGAGGUUGAAAAGCUUACCCAAACUGUGCGCGAGCUUGAGGAGGCUGUUCUUGCUGGUGGUGCCGCCGCUAAUGCUGUUCGAGAUUACCAGCGCAAAGUUCAAGAGAUGAAUGAAGAAAGAAAAACUCUUGACCGGGAGUUGGCUCGUGCAAAGGUUACUGCAAAUAGGGUUGCUACAGUGGUUGCUAAUGAGUGGAAAGAUUCUAAUGACAAAGUAAUGCCGGUAAAACAAUGGCUUGAAGAGAGAAGAUUCUUGCAGGGAGAAAUGCAACAAUUACGAGAUAAGCUUGCAAUUUCUGAACGAGCCGCAAAGUCAGAAGCCCAGUUGAAAGAAAAAUAUCAAUUAAGGCUUAGAGUUCUAGAAGAUACAUUGAGGUCCUCUAGCACAACUGCUCGUGGCACGCCUGAUGGGAGAAGUUCAAGCAAUGGUGCUUCACGCCGGCAAUCACUAGGUGGAGCAGAAAAUAUUGCAAGAUUGGCUUCUAAUGGCUUUUUGCCCAAACGAUCACCAACCCUACAUCCAAGGUCUUCUGGGAUGAGUACUGUGCUGAAGCAUGCAAAAGGGACAUCAAAGUCAUUUGAUGGUGGCUCAAGAUCAUUGGACCGGAGCAAAAGCCUUCUUACAGGUACUGGUCCAAAUUUUAAGCUCACUCAGUCUUGUGAUGGAGCUAAGGAUUCCACAACUGAAAAAGCAUGGCAAGGAAAUCAAGAUGAAAAACCUAAUGACUUGCAAGUAAGAGAAACUGAGGAUACUGUCCCUGGAAUAUUAUAUGACUUGCUACAGAAGGAGGUGGUUUCUAUGAGAAAAGCUUGUCAUGAAAAGGAUCAAAGUCUAAAAGACAAGGACGAUGCAAUCGAGAUGUUAGCUAAGAAAGUAGAGACACUAACAAAAGCUAUGGAAGUUGAGGCCAAAAAGAUGAGAAGGGAGGUUGCCGCAAUGGAAAAAGAAGUUUCUGCGAUGCGAGUGGAGAAGGAUCAAGAGAAUAGGGCCAAGCGACUUGGAAGUUCAAAGGCCCCUGUCAUUAGCUCUCAGCUGAUUCCUGGGAGGAGUGGGAUGGCAAGAAGUAGUAGGGUAACACGCACCACGCAAUAAGCAGCUCUGUGUAAAUCGGCUCCUGCUAUGGUAUUCUUUUACGCCUUCAGAGGUCUAUUGUAAAAUUUUUAGUGUGCUAUGGUUGGUAACCUUAAAAGUAUGUCAAGAGAUGAACCAACAAACAAACAAAAAAAACAUAUAGAUGUGAUUUGCUUUCGUUCUGAGUUCUGACAUAGCUAUGACCCCUCUCUGCUAAGAAACUAGUAACGAAAGAAACUAAAAAAGCAAUCGAAGUUGUUGACCUAACUUUUUUGUAAGAAAAAAUCUUAGCGAUGGUGGUCGUGUGGGAUGUAUAGGUAGUGCUUCUUUUGGCAUUCAUCUUGCCAAAAGCUUAUUACUUUAGAGUCUUGUUUGCAGUCUGUAUUUGUAAUCUGCAGCCAGUGUGGUUUGGUUUGGUUUGUUUUUUUUUAUAUUUAAAUUAUCAAUGUUUAAAGUUUGCUGUUUUUGGCUACUCAUCAAAUUCUAGUUUCUUGAUAUUAUUAUAAUUCCUGCCAAUUGCUUUGUUGUAUCU